AUGGCAUCUCCAUAUAAAACAAUCUUAAAAUGGAAACAAAUAUAUGGAGAUAUAUUUACUAUUUGGCUUCCAAGACCUACAGUUGUCUUAGCAAGUGCAAAUAUUAUUAAAGAAACUUUGAUUAAAAAUAAGGAAAUUUUUUCAUCACGCCCAAAUACAUAUGUUUAUGGAAUUUUUACUGGUCAUAAACCUCAUGGUGAUGGUAUAAUUCUUGCUGAUGGUGAUAAAUGGUAUACACAACGUAAUUUUGCAUUAAAAGUAUUUCGUGAAUUUGGUGUUGGAAGUAAACGAAUGGAAUACAAAAUAAUGCUUCAUACCCAUCGAAUGUUAGUUAAUAUUUUUAAAAGAAUGGGUGAUUCAAAAAAAAUUGUCAUAGAUCUUCAUCAUGUUAUAAGUUAUACUGUUGGAAAUAUUAUUCAUGAUCUUGUUAUGGGAAGAUAUUAUGAAUUUUAUGAUCCUGAAUUUAUGCAUUUUAAAGAAUUAAUUGACUCAAUAUUAAAAGAUUUUACAUCUAUACAAAUGUUAAUUGUUGAUUGUUAUCCAUUUAUGAGAUAUUUUCUUCCAACAUAUUAUAGAUAUAAAAGAAAUGGUUUUAAAUUACAGAAAUUUUUUAUGGAUGAAAUUGAACGACAUUCAUCAAAAAUUCAAAAUAGUUUAGAAACAUUUAAGGCAACAAAUUUUAUUGAUGCUUAUUUACUUGAAAUGUACAAGUCACAGGAUGAAGAAUUAUCAAAAUUAACAUUGGCCUUGAAUGCUGGUGACUUAUGGACAGGAGGUAUGGAAACAACAGUUACAACCUUAAGAUGGGCAAUUCUUUAUAUGAUUUUAUAUCCUAAAGUUCAAAAAAAAUGUUUCAAAGAAAUUAUAGGUGUUCUUAAUGAUGAUAUGGAUGUAACAUCAGAAGAUAAAAUAAGACUUCCUUAUGUAAGAGCAACAAUAGAUGAGAUACAACGAAUGAUAAAUGUAUUACCAUGGGGUAUACCACAUAGAGUUGAGUGUGAUAUUGAAAUAAAUGGUAAAUUUAUUCCUCGUGACACAACUCUCCUUAUACAAACAGGUGCUAUACAUUUUGAUGAAAAUGAAUUUCAUGAUCCAGAUACUUUUUUACCUGAAAGAUUCUUAAAUAAUGAUGGUUCAUAUGUUGCUGUAAGAAAUAAUAUGCCUUUUGGAAUUGGAAAACGUCAAUGUCUUGGUGAACCAUUAGCAAGAAUGGAAUUAUUUCUUAUUUUUGUAACACUUAUAAAAAGUUUUGAAUUUUGUGAAGGUCCACAAGGUCCACCAGAUAUGACAAGAUGUGAAGGUAUGACAACUGUACCUAAACCAUAUAAAGCAUUAUUAAAAAGACGUAAUUAUUCUGUAAGAUAUCUUAAUAAUAAUCAAAUUAAAAGAGAACCUUUUGAGGAACAACUUGAAAAAAUGAGAGAAUACAAAAGAUUAAUUUCUGAUGAAGAUGAUAAAAGAAAUUAUGAUUAUUAA